UGUUUCAACAGAUUGAACCUCAGCAGCGAGUGCCAUGGAUUGGACAAGGCCAUAAUUACCCAGAACAAUAAACCAGUGGGAUCGCAGAUUGUUACCGAUUUGAACAAGAACACUCUGCAGGAGCAUCCUUUCCCCAAUAAAACAUGGGACACUUGUGCCGUUGUUGGGAACGGUGGGAUCCUGAUCAACAGCAGCUGUGGAGAAUCGAUCGACUCGGCUCAGUUUGUCAUCAGGUGCAACCUCCCGCCUUUGGCAAACGGAUUUGAGAAACAUGUUGGUGUCAAGACUGACCUUGUGACGGCAAACCCAAGUAUCUUCUUGAAUAAGUACGGGGCUCUGAUGGGGCGCCGACGUCCAUUUGUGGAGAGUCUGCAUAUCUAUGGAAACUCCCUGCUGCUUCUUUAUUCCUUUUUCAACCCUGCUGUUUCUCUGCGGGCCAUCGACGCCAUCAAUGACUUUGAGAGCCCCAUCCGACCAGUCUUCUUAAACCCAGAUUACCUCAACAGUCUGUUCCUGUUCUGGCGCUCUCUGGGCCUGCGGGAAGCUAGACUCAGCACCGGCCUCAUCAUGGCCAGUCUGGCUCUGGAGAUCUGCAGCAACGUUCAUCUGUAUGGAUUCUGGCCCUUCAGUUACCACCCACAUGACCUCCACCCCCUGACCAACCACUACUACGACAACGUGCAAGCUAAACCGCAGGUCCAUGCCAUGCCAGCUGAGUUUGACCUCCUGAUGAGACUGCACAGUCAGGGCGUCCUCAGGCUUCACCUGGGAGACUGCCCCACAGGUGGAAAGUAGUUCCCAGGGACAAACAACACAGCAGCACAGUGCCUUCUUUAGCCUCAGGAUGAAACCAGUCACUUAGAUAUUUCAAAUUAACUGAUUUAUUUCAGCUGAUGGGACGGAUCAACUCUUUCCACCUGGUUGCCUCUCACCAGCCAAGAUGUUUGCAUUGAAACCUAAAUGCAACAACUAUAAGGCUGUCUGUAGCCUUUUAGUGUAUCCACAACUCUAUUACCACAAAUGUUUGGGCUGGAGUUUGGAGGGAAUUAUUUAGAUUUUACUGUGAUGCCUUGUACACAUCGUAGCGCCUUAUUGCUGUGGCAUGCAUUUUAAUAAUAUAUUCUUUUUGUGGAUUGUAUUCGUCAAGUCAAGUCAAGUCAAGUCAAGUCAACUUUAUUUAUAUAGCACAUUUAAAAAACAACCCAGGUUGCUUUUAAAAAAAAACAGAAAGCAAAACAUAAUCUGUGAGGAAAUAUACAGAGCAAGAUAAACAAUGACGUAUAUCAAGGUGUCAACGCUCAGCUGCAAUUAUAAGCCAGAGAGUACACAUACAGUGGGUACGGAAAGUAUUCAGACCCCUGGUUCAUCUGUGCCCAGCCAUAUAUUAUAUUUUAAUAUUCAUUGCAUUAGUGUAUGGUUGAGGGCGAGAGGGGGGUGGGUCUGGUUAUAGUGUGACUGUGUUUUUGUGUUAUAUGUUUGGGUUUGGGGAAGACGGGUUAGCGGGUGGAGUGGGAUUGUUUUUAAUCUGUGAAGCACUUUGUGUUGCAACUCUGUUUGUAUGAAAAGUGCUAUAUAAAUAAAGUUUGAUUGAUGUGAA